GGAGAGCUCAGGGCGGCGGUCACUCGUUCUCCGUUAGUCGUUGUUAGUUUGUGUUUGUUGGCCGAGCGAGCGAGGGAAGAUGUCCGGGCGCGGGAAGCAGGGCGGGAAGGCGCGCGCCAAGGCCAAGUCGCGCUCGUCGCGGGCCGGGCUGCAGUUCCCCGUGGGCCGCGUGCACCGGCUGCUGCGCAAGGGCAACUACGCGGAGCGCGUGGGCGCCGGCGCCCCGGUGUACCUGGCGGCCGUGCUGGAGUACCUGACGGCCGAGAUCCUGGAGCUGGCGGGCAACGCGGCCCGCGACAACAAGAAGACGCGCAUCAUCCCCCGCCACCUGCAGCUCGCCAUCCGCAACGACGAGGAGCUCAACAAGCUGCUGGGCAAGGUGACGAUCGCGCAGGGCGGCGUGCUGCCCAACAUCCAGGCCGUGCUGCUGCCCAAGAAGACCGAGAGCCACAAAGCCAAGAGCAAGUAAACUGGGCGGGGGAAGGCGUCCCGAGCCCAGGAGCGAAACCCAAAGGCUCUUUUCAGAGCCACCCACAGUCUCCAAAAAGAGCUUGAAAUGCACCGAGGCGGAUGUUGGGGCAGAGAGUGGGAAGGGGUUUAAAGCCUGUGUUUUAGUGUUCGGGUGCGGGUUCUUUUUUUGGGCUUGUUUUGCUGUGGGGAGCCCAGGGCGGAUCUGCCGGGCUGACUUUUGGUCGUUAGGCCGGGAGCGGUCGGAGCACUCCGCUCCUGGAAGCGCAAGGAGCUGCUGCGCUGAGACGAGCGCGGAAUGUGAGCGGCAGAGCCGAUGGCGGCCCGCGCGGGCUUUGGGAAUCGCGCGGGCGCUAAACCCUCGCUGGCCCCGGGCCCGCGCCACCGCGGCCGCCAACGCUGCGCAUUAAGUGCUGAAGAACCUUGUCCGCAGCCAGACUACGGGCAGUGCGGUUCUCUAGUUCCCCUUCAGCCACGGGCGCGAAUAAGAAAAAGAAUGCAGCGACGCCUCGCACUAGAAACACUAUAUUCCGCUGACCUGUGUG